AUGAGGCUCGUCUCGUUGGUUGGGUCGCGACACGACGACCACCACUGCGACCCCAACGGCGGCAGCGGGGGGGCGACGACGACGACGGCGAUGGGGCAAUUGCGCUUGCAACUGGGCCCUCAGCGGGCAGUGGGCUGGUUUGCGAUGCGAACGAGUCCGUGCAGGCCGACGACGUCAGCGGGCUGGAUGCGCACACACGACGAAGCGCUGGCAAUUGCGUGUGGACAAUUCUGCGUGCAUUGUCGAUAUGCAGCAGGCACAGUUGGGGGGCGGGUGGGCGGAGGCGCGCCAAGGCGAGAGAUGAAAAUUGUGCUGUUUGGGAGGGGGGAGAUGGGCUUACCUGCGGCAAAGACUCAAGGACACAGAGGACGGAGGCGGACGGGAGAAACAGGUCGAAUCCAAACACCAGAACGCAAGGGAAGCAGAGAAGAAGACGGCGACGAGAGUGGGAGAGGGGAGGGGGGGAAAGAUGUGUGUGAGAAGAAAGGUGGGUGGGGUAAAAGAGCAAAGAGCGCAGAUGAUGUGCUGCCGAGCGAAUCCGCUAAGUUUACGGCGCUCGGUAGCGACGCGCAGAGACGAAGCUGGGGGGUUAGAGAGCAGAGGAUGGCGCCACGAUUUGCUGGAUCGGGCAGACACAAGCUUUGGAGAUCGAUACAAGGAUGGCGGGCCUUGGUGGCUCAGCACGGCUGCAACGCCCUCUACCAGGGCGCAGAUUGGCUGCAACGCCAUUGCACGCCCAGGCAAGGUCGGAAUUAA